UCAAAUGUAGGUUGAGAGAGGUGCCUUAUAACCGGGGGCUUGGAAGUCCCCCGCGCGUGAACUCGGCGCGGUGCGGGACGCGGGGCGACGGGGGGCUCGGGGCUCGGCACAGGCAGCCAUGGAAUUGAACUCUCUGUUAAUUCUCCUGGAAGCGGCCGAGUACUUGGAGAGAAGAGACCGAGCGUUCCUGCAAAGGAGGAAAAAAAUGCAUGGAAAAAAUAUAUUGCCACUAAUGCUGACUUUGUCUCUAGAAGCAGAACAUGGCUAUGCAUCAGUGUUACCCUUCGAUAGUGACUAUUCCAGAAAGAAAACAAAGGCAGGCACCAUGGCCAGAAAAUCCCAGAAUAACAGGUCAUCACACAACGAACUAGAAAAACAUAGGCGGGCUAAGCUGCGGCUAUAUUUGGAACAGCUAAAACAGCUUGUGCCUCUCGGGCCGGACAGCACCAGACACACCACUCUAAGUCUGUUGAAAAGAGCUAAGAUGCAUAUCAAGAAAUUGGAAGAGCAGGACCGAAAAGCUCUGAACAUUAAAGAACAACUACAGCGGGAGCACCGCUACCUCAAGCGCCGACUGGAGCAGCUAUCCGUGCAGGGCAUGGAGCGGAUCCGCACCGACAGCAUGGGAUCAACAAUAUCCACUGACUCUGAACAAGAAGUAGACAUUGAAGGAAUGGAGUUUACUCCAGGUGAAAUGGACAGUAUUGGAAGUGCCAGCGAUGCUGAAGACCACUACAGUUUGCAAAGCGGUUCGAGUGACGGAGGCUACACACAUUCCCGCAGACUGAAUGCCAGGCUCUCAUAGUGCCUGAGUGACCCGCUCAACUCAGGACCAUCUGACUGAAGCACUUAUAUAUGAAAAUUCCAGAGGUGUCAACUGCCACUCUUCCGGGAAACCCCAGCCCCAGUACUCUGACACGGAGGUUUCUUACCCACCGUUCCCUGCACUGUAACCACAAUAUUGGAUAUUGUAAAUCAUGGGUUUGCUGCAGAGAACUGUGGUUAGGUACAGUUGUGACUUAAAGCUAGCUUGAUGUAGCCAUACUGCAAAUUAAAGAAAAUAAAUUACGUCAUUCCAUUCAAGAAGUAUUCAGUUCAAACUGUUGGAAGCAUGGCGUAAGGGAGUUUGAUAGUUAUUUUGAUUUUGCAGAAACCAUUUUCAAACGUGGAGGAGUAAAUGGAAUCUAUGUGUUAGUGAAUCAGAGAUACGAAAACCUAACCUAAAACUACUUUUUGUGGUAUUUUUUUUCAUGAAAAAAGAAAAACCAAACCAUUUUGAAUACUGCAUAGCGGGCUCUAGAGAAUAAAUUCUUUCAGCAGUUGUUUGGGUGAAGCAGGCAGAUAAAUGUUCAAAUCUCAGAUGAUCUUUAGAAAAGGUCAUAUUUACAAGUCACUACUGUACUUCAGAACGGGGGAAAAGCCAGCUCUAAUAAUGACUUCAUGUGGGAUGAUCUCAACUUUCUUUUGCUUUUUUGUAUUCAAUAUCCACCCAGCAGCAAAUCAUUCUGUCCAUGUUAACGGGAGCGGUAGGAAGCAACACUGCAACUUCAACCUGUUACCAUGGAAUGGAUGACAUUUGAAGCAUUUCAGUGGUUUUUUGGGUUGCUUUUUCAUUUCUUUGUCUGAAGAAUACACAACUCAAGCGAUCCAGUUUGUGAUAGUUAAUCUUUCCUUGCAAGGAAAUUAAAGCUCUGUUUGCUUGUAUUUCUUUUCUUCUAUUUACACAUGUCAAUACAUUUUUAUGGAAGGCAUGGCUUAAAAUUACAGUAUUCAGCUAGAAGAUAAUUAAUCUUUUUUUUUUCUUUUGCACACUAUAAUUGCAUUUUCUAUUCUUAAAAAAGUGCAAAAAAAUGAAAAUGUAUGCUGUAAAACAGCAAAGUUUAUUUAGUACUCAUCAAGCUGUUCAGAACAUAUUUACCCAAAUCGUAGCAAUACUAUGAAGGUGUAUUUUAAUACAACUUCUGCUUAGUGAAGUCAUUAGAGCUUGGCUUGCCGGGUAAGAAAAAAAUGGACCAGUCUUUGCAUUAUCUGUUUAAAGAAGGUCUUUUAAAAAAAGAAGUAAAAACAAAAAAAAAAGAAAAAAAAAGAAAAAAGAAAUUAAAAAAAAAAAAAGAAAAAAGCUAUAAACACUUUUAGGGAAGUGAUUUUAGCAAGUGUAGUCUAUAUUUCCUGUAAGAGAUUUUGUAUUAUAUUUUCCUAAAUGUUCUCAUUUACUUGUAUAGGGAGGGGAAUGGUACAGACCCAGACCAGAGUCUCAGGGACUCUUCACCUUUGUCAUAUUGUGCCUUGGUGACCAUUGAUGUUUGCCUCUCCUGUUCAUUGUUUAAAGGACAACUAAGCUUUGUUUCGAGACCCUCUGUUCCAAUGGUCAGUUGUCCACCUUCUCGCGGAUGAAGCAGAGAGGUGCAUUUGUAUCUCCACCCUCUCACAACUGAGUCGGGGCGGCUUUAAGUAAAAUCGUAAAAUUAGGUUUUGGCGCGAGGGUGAAUUGUCUUUGUAUAAGCCCUCCCUCGGGUUCUCCAGCACCCGAAUCUCUAUUUUGUUAGCUUAUAACGUCAGGGUCUCUGUGAGACCAGUGCUCAGUGGCUGGGGAAACACAAACGUACUGUGUAAGGCUAUGGGAUGUCCAAGUGUGGUGCCAUUUUUAGCAUUCAGAUACAAGACCUCAUGACAGACUGACCAUGAUGAUCAAAAACAAAGAUUCAGUUGUUCUUUCAACAUCUGACAUACGUGUCCUCCCUUGGCUAUUUCAACACAGAGUAGAAAUAUGAAUACAUUUUGUGGCAGCUUACAGAUCCUUGUUUGCACUCUCGCUUACUGCUUGGAACUUGCCAACAAGGAAAACGUAUACAUUUAAUUUACAUAACCUAAAGGACGGCCACCCCUUCUUUGGCUCUGGGGAGGGGCCUAAGGUUAUAAACUCUGGCAGCUGAAUAAGAAAACAAUUAACCUUUUCUGUGAUGCAGGUUUUGGUAUUAUGUUCUAUACACCUUGCAUAUUACUAAAAUCCUCAUUGUUGGGGAAAGCACACAGCAAUAUACUCAUUGUGUGUAGCUGACAAGCAGCAGAAAUUACUAGCUCCUUUGGUGCAUAUGUAACUAAUUUCCAAAUCAUGGAAAACAAAAAGUAAGAGUUUACUUUAACACACGACUGUUAACAGGAAAAAAAAAGGCUAGUAUAUUGUUGCUGUUCAUUUAUUAUAUAAUGAACACAUUCAUGAAUUGUAAAGUGUUUCCUUUCAUGACAAGCAGCUCUUGCACAGAACCUCCUAAUGAAAAGAGAUUUGAAACUUGCAGAAGGAAAACCGAGAUUUUAAAUUGAACAUUAUUGUACCUUAGGUCGACCUGAAAUUUUCCUUUUAAAGAUGAAUGUGCUAACUUAAUGAGUUCUUCCACGCUGGGUAUCCAUGGCUUUGUAGAUCUUAUAUUUUCAAUAAAAAUUACUCAAAUAA